CAGUUAGCCCCGUGAUCUCUGUCCUUGGCGGAUUGACUGUUUUGCUCAAACAAUUAUUUCGUCAAGACAGACGAGCACAUAAUUUCUUCGUCUUGACAUUAUUGGCAGGGAGACCAGGAUCUAUUAAGAAACGGUAGUUUAGAAAGUAGGUCACAAGAAAGAGGCAAAUAGACAGACUAUACCAAGAUGAGAGGGGAAAGGAGCCGUUUUUCGUUGGCCGGAAUUAUCCCAUUCAUAGUGAUUGGAUCCAUACUGUUUGGGGUUGGGGUUUUGAUCGGACAUUUUGGAAUCCCAGAAGAUUCAUGUCCAUCAUUCUCAUCAAUCGAAGAUGAUGACAUCAGUCAGAUGAUGGUUGAUGAAUGUAAAGCAGAAAACAUCGAGGAAAAUCUAAGACAAUUAAGCAGCCGACCUCAUUUGGCGGGAACACCAGCUGAGAAGGAGAAUGCUGAGAUGCUUGUUAAUCUCUGGACUGAGUACGGAUUCGAUUCGGUUCGGUUACUACCCUACGAUGUUCUCUUGGCUUAUCCUGAUCCUGAUAAUCCGAAUAAGGUGAUGAUAACAGAGAAUGGAGAGGUUAACUUCACGACCGCCUUAAAGGAAGAGAUCCUACGACCUGAAGACGAUCAUCCAGACGUCGUUCCACCCUUUAAUGCCUACUCAGCUCAAGGAGAACCAGAGGGUCCUCUAGUGUAUGUUAACUACGCCCGUGCAGAGGACUUUGAAUGGCUGGCCAAGAACAAACCCGAAAUCAACAUCACUGGUUGUAUCGCGAUCGCAAGAUACGGGAAAGUAUUCCGAGGAAAUAAGGUUCUUUCCGCGCAGGCAGAGGGUGCUAUCGGAAUCAUUCUUUAUUCGGAUCCUGCUGAUUAUGCCGUUGAUGGUGAUGUAUCGGUCUAUCCGGACUCAUGGUGGUUACCCGAUACCGGAGCUCAAAGAGGCAAUACGUUCGUCAGUGAUGCCAAGGGAGAUCCCGUAACACCCGGUUACCCGGCUAAACCAUACAUGUACCGGUUAGACGACGCGGACACAGCCCUUCCAAAAAUCCCGGUUCAUCCGAUCGGUUAUGGGGAUGCGCAACAUCUUCUCAGCGAGUUAUCAGGGGAUGAAGUUACUUCUGAUUGGGCGGGGAGUCUGGCUGUUACCUACCGAUAUGGACCGGGAUUCAUCAACCCAGAAAGAAAGGUCAAGAUGAGCAUUCACACAUCACGUGAGAUUAGAACCACAUAUGACGUCAUCGGCAUCAUCAAUGGAGCCAUUGAACCAGAUCGGUAUGUGUUGCUAGGCAACCAUCGUGAUGCCUGGGUUUAUGGUGCUGUAGAUCCGUCUAGUGGUACAGCAGUUCUUAUGGAGGGUGCAAGGGUAUACUCACAGAUGAUCAAAACAGGUUGGAGACCGCGUCGUACGGUCAUGUUCUGUUCCUGGGGCGCCGAGGAAUAUGGUCUUCUGGGAUCAACAGAAUUCGUAGAGGAAUACCAAAAGGUGUUAGGAGAAAGGGCUGUGGCAUACAUUAAUACAGACAUCGCUGUACGUGGAAACUUCUCCUUCAGGGCUAAAUCAACACCUCUACUUCAAGGCGCCAUCUACGACGCUGCUAAGAAGGUGCCUGAUGGUGAAACUAGAGAAAGAACGACUUAUGAUGUUUGGGUUGAACGGCUUCCAGAUAACAGUGGUAGUGGCCUUCCAUCUGUUAACGUACUAGGAUCCGGAAGUGAUUUUGCUCCGUUCAUGUAUCGCAUCGGUGUACCAUGCAGUGACUUUACAUACACAUAUGACACGAGCCUCAGCAUAUCAUCAUAUCCUGUGUAUCACUCGGUUUAUGAGACAUUCUACACCGUUAAGAUGUUCAUAGAUUACAAUUUCUGGCGUCAUCAGUCUGUUGCUCGGGUUAUGCUUGAAUUCUCGCGAAAUCUCGCGGAUUCCGUGAUUCUACCAUUUGGUGUCCUCGACUAUGCCAAUAAACUGAAAUCCUCCAUUGACAACAUUGAAGAUGAAUACGGCGACAAGAUGGCGGCACAGGAUAUCACCUUCGAAUUCGUCGAUUCAGCUCUGACAAAUUUCACAGCGGCUGCUACAUUCUUUGAAGAGGAAUUAACUGAUAUUGAUGUCAAUGAUCCCAUCGCAGUGAGACGUGUUAAUGAUCAGAUGAUGCAACUUGAACGAGCUUUCAUUGAUCCUGCCGGGCUACCAGACAGAAAAUGGUUAAGACAUGUGGUCUUCGCUCCGAGUAGUGUGAAUUACUAUGCAGGCGAUGCAUUUCCCGCCCUCGUCGAUGCCAUGUACCAGAUUGAUGACGACAUCGAUCAGGUGACUCGGUGGAAUGCAGUUAGAAAACAAAUGGCCAUCAUAACAUUCAUUAUCCAAUCAGCAGCUAGUACACUCACUGACGUCACACAAUUUGGAUAACAAUUCUCUUUCUCUCUCGCUUGAGCAAGAGGCCCAAUUGAUUUUUUUUCUUUUCUUUUUAAUUAAUGAUGCAAAGAAAGAAACAAGAUUAUAAGUACAUUAAAACAAUUAUAUUUGAUAAUUUUGAAAAGAUGUUUUGAUAUAAACAAUAAUGUACAAAGUGUUUUUAAUACUGGAAAUGCUGUCUGUGAAUUCGUCUAUGGUGGAUUGCAUUUAUGCCGUCACAUAAUCGAAUAAGUCAUUUUUCUUUCUUCAAGGUUUAUUGCCUUUAUGUUUAUUCAAAUGAAUAUAAUUUUAUAAAUACAUUUUACAAGAAUUCAGAUACACAAUAAAACCUAUACAAUUCAUUGUACAUAAGAAAAUCAUUGUUGUAUCAUACCUCAAUUUGAAUUUUGUAUUGAUCUUCUUGAGCUUGUUUUACAUGUUGUUAAAGAUAUUUUGGACAAUUUAAUAAACUUGGUAUACGUCUAUAAUUUACAAUCAUAACAAGGGCCCCGUGGUAUAAAACUUACCAUUGAUGGUAACUUCGCCAUCAAUUGCAGCUACUAUGGUAACAGGGCCCAACAGCCAAUCAAAAUCAAGGUUUCCAUGGUAGUUACCAUUGAUGGCAAAGUUACCAUCAAUGGUAAGUUUUGUGCAACGGGGCCAAGGUAUCCAUAUAAUAUGCUGAAUUAGAGAAUAAACAUUUCGAAAUUA